CCAUGGCCAAGCUCCCCGGGCCUUUUCUCUGCGGGGCCCUGCUGGGAUUCCUGCGCCUAAGUGGGCUAGCCGUGGAGGUGACUGUACCCUCCGAGCCGCUGAGCACGCCGGUGGGCAAGACUGCCGAGCUGGCCUGCAGCUACAGCACGUCGGUGGGAGACAACUUCGCCCUGGAGUGGAGCUUUGUGCAGCCUGGGAAGCCCAUCUCUUCAUCCCAUCCCAUCCUGUACUUCACCAAUGGCCAUCUGUAUCCAACUGGUUCUAAGGCAAAGCGGGCCAGCCUGCUUCACAACCCACCCACAGGAGGGGUGGCCACCCUGAAACUGACUGAUGUCCACCCCUCAGAUACUGGAACCUACCUCUGCCAUGUUAAUAACCCACCAGAUUUCUACACCAAUGGGUUGGGGCUAAUCAACUUUACUGUGCUGGUGCCUCCCAGUAACCUCUUAUGCAGUCAGAGUGGGCAAACCUCUGUGGGUGGCUCUGCUGCCCUGAGAUGCCACUCCUCUGAGGGAGCUCCCAAGCCAGUCUACAACUGGGUGCACCUUGGAUCCUCUCCUACACCUUCUCCUGGCAGCAUGGUUCAAGAUGAGGUGUCUGGCCAGCUCAUUCUCACGAAUCUCUCCCUGACCUCUUCGGGCACCUACCGCUGUGUGGCCACCAACCAGAUGGGCAGUGCCUCCUGUGAGCUGACCCUCUCUGUGACUGAUCCCUCCAAAGGCCGAGUGGCUGGGGCUCUGAUUGGGGUGCUCCUGGGUGUGCUGUUGCUGUCAGUUGCUGCCUUCUGCCUGAUCAGGUUCCAGAAAGAUAGGAAGAAGAAGCCCAAAGAGACCUAUGGGGGUAGUGACCUUCGGGAGGAUGCCACUGCCCCCGGGAUUUCUGAGCAAACUUCUGUGAGGGCUGAUUCUAGCAUUGGGCUCCUGGAGAGGCCCCCGUCUGCCAGCACUGUGACGACCACCAAGUCCAAGCUCCCUAUGGUUGUCUGAGUUCUCCUGAACCUGAGGGUGGUGAAGGGGAUGUCAAUAAUUAAAGUCUUUGGGUACCA